AACUCUGGCUCCUCCCACAAUACCGGAGUCUUAAACCCAGCCUCUCCACCGCGGCCCGGUAGCCCAGGCCUGCCCGGGAUAGUUUAGCAUGGGUUCCUCUAGCUCCACGGCUUUGGCUCGCUUCGGCCUUCCUGGACAGCCACGAUCCACCUGGCUCGGCGUCGCUGCGCUGGGACUGGCCGCGGUGGCGCUGGGGACCGUGGCCUGGCGUCAUGCGCGUCCCCGGCGGCGCCGGCAGCUGAAGCAGGUGGGCACGGUGUCAAAGGUUUGGAUCUACCCGAUCAAGUCCUGCAAGGGGGUGUCAGUGUGCGAGACCAAGUGCACCGACAUGGGGCUGCGCUGCGGCAAAGUGCGCGACAGGUUUUGGAUGGUGGUUAAGGAAGAUGGACACAUGAUCACUGCCCGCCAGGAGCCUCGCCUCGUGCUGGUCUCCAUUACCUUGGAGAACAAUUACCUGACUCUCGAAGCCCCAGGCAUGGAGCAGAUGGUUCUCCCUAUCAAGCUGCCUUCCUCCAAUAAGAUCCACGACUGCAGGCUGUUUGGUCUCGACAUUAAAGGCAGAGAUUGUGGCGAUGAGGUCGCACAGUGGUUCACUAACUACCUGAAGACGCAAGCCUACAGGUUGGUUCAGUUUGAUACCAGCAUGAAAGGAAGAACAACGAAGAAACUCUACCCGUCUGAAAGUUACCUUCAGAACUAUGAGGUAGCCUACCCAGACUGCAGCCCUAUCCAUCUGAUUUCCGAAGCCUCCUUAGUCGAUCUCAACACCAGGCUGAAGAAGAAAGUGAAGAUGGAAUAUUUCAGGCCAAACAUCGUGGUGUCGGGCUGCGAGGCUUUCGAGGAGGAUACUUGGGAUGAACUCCUGAUUGGUGACGUGGAGAUGAAGAGGGUGCUGAGCUGCCCCAGGUGCGUUCUGACUACUGUGGACCCCGACACCGGCAUCAUAGACAGGAAGGAGCCGCUGGAGACCCUGAAGAGCUAUCGCCUGUGUGAUCCUUCUGUGAAGAGUUUAUACCAGUCAUCUCCGCUUUUUGGGAUGUAUUUCUCAGUGGAAAAAAUCGGAAGCCUGAGAGUGGGUGACCCUGUGUAUCGGAUGGUGGAUUAAUGGAGCCUUCGGGCUGACGAGCUUCCAGGUCCGGGGAGAUUCAUCUGCGAGUCCUCACGCCAUCUUCCUGGAAACGGAUCUCGUAUUUUUCUUGUGGAGCUGCAAACACCCAGACUUAAUUCAAGAAAAGUACCAGAGGUGGUUUGGGAAUGUGAGGGUGCAUAAAUUUUAGAUAAUGAGGUUUAAAAAAAAAUAAACAGAAUUGUGUCUACAAUUA